CUGACGCUCUGAUGAGUCCACAGCGUUCUAGCAUCGCUCUAUGGCGCCCACAACACUGCACGUAGCUAUCCCAAGUCCCAUAGGCUACAGAAAGGGGCCUUUGAUAAUUGAAGGCCAUGUUUUGAGUUGUCUAUUAAAACUCUGAAUAUGGAAAACACUGUGUACGAACAGUUCCAUCUCAUACGCCGUUCUUGUGACGCAUAAUUUAUGGUUUCGCUGGGUCGUGAGGAAGAAUAAAGAGAAUCUUGAGGACUCCAGCUGGAUCGAUGCACAAACUGGAUAUUCAGAUCGCGUGCAUUCCUCCUCGCUAACCGUGCGGAAUUAGAGGAUGGCUGGAAUUGGGAACAGUUCAACAUCUGGAAUGGGUGACAUCAUCCAGCUGAAUGUCGGAGGAAUGAGAUUUAGCACAUCAAGGCAGACUCUGACAUGGAUUCCUGACUCCUUCUUCUCAAGUUUACUUAGUGGGAGAAUAUCAACGCUACGGGAUGAAACUGGAGCCAUAUUUAUUGAUAGAGACCCAACAGCAUUUGCACCCAUUUUAAACUUCCUUCGAACUAAAGAAUUGGACAUGAGGGGGGUUAACAUAAGUAUCCUGCGACAUGAAGCUGAGUUUUAUGGUAUUACACCAUUAGUCCGCCGCUUACUGCUUUGUGAAGAACUGGAGCGAUCAUCGUGUGGAAGUGUGUUGUUUCAUGGCUACCUCCCUCCACCAGCUCUCCCUGCGAGGAGCAGUGCUGGUGGUCAGGCUGCAGCUGUUGCAGGUCCAGAGGAGCGUUCAGGCCCCAGUGGUGCAGAGGGGGGUUACCUCCGUUCCUGCCCUCAGUCCUCUCUCCCUGGACCCUCUGGGGCAGAUGGACCGCAAAGACUGGGAUCACCAGUGGACCCUAGAAAGGUGCUGAUUGUGGCUGGCCAUCAUAACUGGAUUGUAGCUGCGUAUGCACAUUUUGUCAUCUGCUACAGGAUAAAGGAAUCAUCAGGCUGGCAGCAGGUGUUUUCCAGCCCUUACCUGGACUGGGCCAUUGAGCGGGUGGCCCUUAAUGCUAAAGUUGUGGGCGGCCCACAUGGAGAUAAAGACAAGAUGGUGGCAGCGUCAUCAGAGAGCAGCAUUAUUUUGUGGAGUAUCCAGGACGGAGGGAGCGGAAGUGAAAUAGGUGUGUUCAGUCUCGGAGUACCCGUUGACUCUCUGUUUUUCAUUGGGAGUCAGCUAGUCGCCACCAGUCACACAGGAAAGGUAGGAGUGUGGAACGCCGUCACCCAGCACUGGCAGGUGCAGGAUGUGGUGCCCAUCACAAGCUGUGACACCGCUGGCUCCUUUCUCUUGCUGGGCUGUAAUAACGGCUCAAUUUACUAUAUUGACAUGCAGAAGUUUCCGCUGAGAAUGAAGGAUAAUGAUUUGUUGGUGACAGAGCUGUACCACGACCCGUCAAAUGAUGCCAUCACAGCCCUCAGUGUCUACCUGACUCCUAAAACCAGUGUGAGUGGGAACUGGAUUGAGAUAGCUUACGGAACCAGCUCAGGGGCCGUGCGUGUCAUCGUUCAGCAUCCAGAGACCGUUGGAUCUGGUCCACAGCUCUUCCAGACCUUCACUGUCCACCGCAGCCCCGUCACUAAGAUCAUGCUCUCUGAAAAACACUUAGUUUCAGUGUGCGCUGACAAUAAUCAUGUACGCACGUGGACGGUGACUCGGUUCAGGGGAAUGAUCUCCACUCAGCCAGGAUCUACUCCACUGGCCUCCUUUAAAAUCAUCUCACUGGAGGAGACAGAGAGCCACAGCAGCUAUUCCUCCGGCAAUGACAUCGGUCCAUUUGGAGAGCGAGACGACCAACAGGUGUUCAUUCAGAAAGUCAUUCCCAUUACCAACAAACUCUUUGUUCGUCUGUCCUCUACGGGGAAGAGGAUCUGUGAGGUGCAGUCUGUAGAUGGCACUACAAUCACUUGUUUUACAGUGCGGGAGUGUGAGGGAUCGAGCCGCAUGGGCUCCAGGCCACGCCAUUACCUCUUCACUGGCCAUGCAAACGGGAGCAUUCAGAUGUGGGAUCUCACCACCGCCAUGGACACAGUCAACAAGAGCCUUGAUGAUAAGGCUAGGCGUGAGCCAGAGGUGGGAGGUCCAACUGAGGAGGAGCUGCUGAAGCUGCUUGACCAAUGUGAUUUGAGCACAUCUCGCUGUGCCACGCCCAACAUUAGCCCCGCCCCCUCAGUGCUGCAGCACAGCCGGCUGCGAGAGUCCUGCUCCAGUCUCCAGCUGCAGGCUCAGGAGCCCAUCUUUGAGACAGCCACCUACGGAGCCCUGCGGCCGUACCGAGAGAGCCCCUUGCUGGCCCGUGCUCGACGCACAGAGAGCUUCCACAGCUACAGAGACUUCCACGGCUUAAACCUCACCAAAGCCCUGCUGGAGAACCAUGGACAGUGCGGAUCCACCGAGGACGAGAUACGCCAGUCUGCGGGGGAGAACAGCACUGAGGACGCAGACAAAAGAAACUCUACCGUGGAUCUUUGGGGGUCUAGAGCUUCCGAAACCCCGUCUUCAGCCGCACGCAAACCCCCAGACAGCCCUGGAGACCAGCGACGAAGAGUUCAUUUGAUGGAGGAGGGGGCUGCGGACUGCAGAGCGGAGGUGGGGAGGAGGAAAGGGACAUUUGAAGCGAAUUUUCUAAGUAGGAAAAAGGCACCUCCGGUUCCACAGCUGAGCCCCCUACCCACAGCAGCUGAUGGAGGGGGCAGCGACUCGUCCAGCACCGCCUCACCCUCGCCAACGAAAGUGGCCACAUCCCCACGCCAUCGCAAGGGCCCUGACGCUGCAUGUGAGUGAUGCUUUACUCAGAUUUGUCAUACCAAAUACAAUAAUCUCAAGGUAGUUGAAUCGAUGAUUCCAGAAGAGAAGCGUUUCAGGAUGUAGAUGUGAAUGUUGAUCAGAAGGUUUGGCAGGAUGGCAGCUGACAGCUAAAAAAACCUCACUGUGUACAGAACUAAAGGGAAAAUCCUCCACAGAAAUGGCCGCUUGGCUUUUCUUCAUGUGUCUUGUUAACUAGUUUAGAUUUGAU